AAUUGUCUUCUUCAAUGCAGCCAUGGAAAUAAAGAAGUGUUCUCCUGCCGAGGUAUCCUCCUGGCUGUACAGUGGUUUUGGGACAGAGGACACAAGGAUAUUACAGUCUUUGUGCCAUCUUGGAGGAAAGAACAGCCACGACCAGAUGUACUUAUAACAGACCAGUACAUUCUCCGUGACCUUGAAAAGAAGAAAAUUCUGGUCUUCACUCCUUCCAGGCGGGUUGGAGGCAAGCGUGUUGUCUGUUAUGAUGAUCGAUUCAUUGUGAAACUGGCACAUGAGUCUGAUGGCAUUGUGGUUUCUAACGAUACUUAUCGGGACCUGCAGAAUGAGCGUCCUGAGUGGAAGAAAUUCAUUGAGGAGCGUCUGUUGAUGUAUUCGUUUGUAAAUGACAAGUUUAUGCCUCCAGAUGAUCCCUUAGGGCGACAUGGCCCCAGCCUGGAUAACUUUCUGAGAAAGAAACCUGUGGUGCCAGAACACAAGAAACAGCAGUGCCCUUAUGGGAAGAAAUGCACUUAUGGAAUUAAGUGUAAAUUCUACCACCCUGAAAGGAUCAAUCAACCGCAGCGCUCAUUAGCGGAUGAACUCCGAGCCAAUGCAAGGUUGUCUCCUACUAGAAGUACCAGUGCUGCCAAGGAAGAGAAAAAGGGCAAGAAAGCUUCCCAAGCAGAGCUCUUGUGCUCUGUGCCCACAGAGUGUGAUAAAAGCUCUCUGCAGAAGGUCUCUGCAGAGAGGAAAAGCUUGACUCAUAAAGCAAAGCCCAGUGAUGUACCCCUUCAAGUCAAAGGCUCUGUGUCAGGCAGUGUCCCCCCUAAUAAUGGGAGCCACAGAUCUUCUGACAGGUACCAGCAUCCUCAUUUGGACUCUCUCUCUUAUAUCUCUCAGGAGCAUCUCGACUCAGGCAUUGGCUCUCUGGAGAACCAAAUGUCUGAUAUGUGGCCUUACAGAUCUACCAGUCACUGUGAUCAUUCCCAUGCUGAGCAGGUGGCACUCUGCACCUGUGGAAGGCAGAGACCUGUCUAUGCACAUUCUCCCAGCUUGGAGCAAAAUGGUUUGGUCUCUUACAAGCAUGGUUCCCAUAAAUCUACUUCCUCUGGUGCUAGCUUCUUGCAGUAUAGCCCUGAGAUAUCUCUCUCAGGGCCACCUCACUCUUUCUCAGGCUAUGGAGUACCUGUUCAUCCAGCCAGUGCUGGGCAAUACAGUCUGCCCAAUGAGUAUAAUGCCCCUCCACCUCAUUCUCGUGAUUAUUGGUCUGAACCGUACCAGGUGCCGCCGCCGCCUCCUCAGGCAAGAUCUACUGGUGUGCGAGAUCCUCGAUCAGUACAGAGAGCCCCGGGGCCGACGUAUGGGGGGGACUCUUGCCAGUGGGCUCCCUCAGACCAGUUUGCAGAGGAGAGGGCCAAUGUGCAUGUCAAGCUGUGUGGCAUUUUCCAUCCCCAUUUAGUGGAUGCUGUGAUGAGCCGUUUCCCUCGGCUUUUGGAUCCCCAAAGGCUAGCUGCAGAAAUACUCACGUAUAAGUCUCAAAACCCAGGUAUAUGAGCAGAUGCUGAGGGGAGCCAGGCAUACCAAAAGCUUGAGAGGAAGUAUUUGUCAUGUGGAGAGCACUCUGUAGCUGCCAUAGGUGCCCUUUGAGGGCUCCUCCUUAUUUCUUGGAAGCACUCGGCUCAAACUGGAGGCUGAGUACCAGGUGUGUUAUGCUCACAGUGAAUUCUGGUAUUGUCAUGACUGUACCCCUCUUAAAGAUGUAAGAACAGCCUAUGGCCCUGUCUUCCCCGGAGCAUAUUUAAGAGAAUCUGGGAGCUGAACAGGAGAAGGGUUGCUGUUUCAGAGCAGGGUUUUUCCUGUGGAGGUAAGUGGUAAGUCAGGCACAUCUUCAGUUGCUGCGGUUCAGAACUGUAUGUGGCCUCACUCUUCCCAUGAGCUCUGGCUUUGAGAUGGCUUAGUGUAUCAUCAGGCAUGUGGAGGAAGAACUACAGGGCUUGUGAAUGGCAGGGGACUGCUCCUUUGUAGUGGUGUGACACUUGUUUGUGAAGGUUGCAAUGCAUAGUCAAGGCUGUUCUUAGCUCUUAACUAAGCCUUUCUGCUAAAUUCUGCCAUGCAGAUCUGUGGAAAAUGUUGGAUUAUAAAUCUAGUAUGAAGCUAGAUUAGCUGACUGAUUUGGUUUUCCUGGGCACUUCAGUGAUACUUUCCUUACCUAACCUCCUACUUGAGCUUACCUUCCUGAGAGGAGGUAAUUCUUCAAUAUAUACCACAAAUGUUAAGCAAGCUGCACAGCUCCCAGAAACAGGAAGAGCUAGGAGUGUAAUCCUUCCUUUCUCAGGAUGAAAGACCUGACACUUGCAAAGCUGUAUGUGAGCUGUAUGUUCUGCAUUUGCUGAAAGGCAUUUGUCAGAACAUGUGGAUGACCACACUGUUGAUCGUGCUCUAAAACACUGACCUUGCCUUGUAACCAGUCUUAGGCUCUCUGUGUAACACUGACAAAGAAGAUUUACAAUAUUGUGCCUAUUGUCCUCAGACAGCAAUAGUUUUGAGCGUUCAGUAAAACAGCUGUAGUCAAAUCUAGACUGCUGCCAAUACUGUUCCUGAGGCUUUCUCAGUAUUUUUUCUAAAAAGCUGUUGCUUCAUCUUCUCACUAAUGUUUUCCUGUCCCCUUCAGCUUUGUCAAGCUACAACAGCAUCCAAAAAUGUGUAAUAAGGCCUGUUUGGUAAGACUGUUCCCCUUUCAUUCCCUGUUCCUUUGUAAGAUGUUUUUUACUGUAGAUACUGUAACAGAUUUUAAAUAUGCAAAAACCAUUACGGUAGUAAUUGGUUCUGGUCCUGGAAUUUCACUGUGCUUAGAAUACAAAGAAGAUUCUCGCACUUGCAGGCCAGAAGCAGUUGAUUUGUUGAUACACAUUGUAUCUGUGUGGGUUUUUUGUUUUGGUUUUUUAAGUAAGUCCAUCUUGUGGUUAAACCAAGGUUGUUGAGUGGCAAAUUACGAAGGGGAGAGUGGAAUACAGCUGUUGCUGAGAAUACUCUUCAGGAGCCAUUUUGUCUAUUAUGAUUCUUCCCUCUGUCCAAGGAGUGACCUACCCAAACUGGCACCAUGUGCCGUAGAAACCACAGGGACACAGAAACCUGUAUACCUGGUUAAUUAUGAUACAUUACAAAAUUGUAAUGUUUCAUGUUAGUAAGCAAAAUGCUUCUUAAUUUUAAGUAACCUGAUACUUUGCAUAUUUGUAAAUUACAGGAAAAAUAGUUUUUAAUGUUAUUGUCCAGGAACUUGCUGCUUGAUGCUGUUUUUAAUUAGUACUGUUCUUGACUCAGCCAUUGUGUUACUUGGCGUGGUCUGUUUUGUUUUUCUGACAGAAUGCUGAUACAUGCUUAUUCUCUUGCAAUCAAAAGAUUAACAUUUUAUACUCAAAAGCUGACAUUUUACUGAACUUUCUAUAUCAUUAUGGAAUAUAUAGUUUAUGUACUGGAUGGAGGCAGCCAUGUGAAAGCUAUGGCAAAGUAAGAACUUGUAUUAUAUAAAUAAAAACU